AUGGCUCCUGUUCCACCAACGACGGCCAGGCAGAGCCUGGCCCGGGCCGGCGCCAUCGCUUCUCACCUCUGGAAGCGCGCCGCCGUCGUCGUCCUCCCCGAGGUCGCCCGCGCAACCACCUCCCACGCCCUCGCGCGCCGCAACCUCACCGUCAACCACACCCAGGGCGUCACCCUGGGCGUCAUCGGCGCCUAUGCCGUCAUCAUCGCCAUCCUCUGGAACGUCCCUUUCCUGCGUCAGGUCCUCUGGCCCUUCAAGAUGCUCGUCAUCGCCUUCCAUGAGUUCGGCCACGCCAUCACCGCCUGCUGCACCGGGGGCAAAGUACUGUCCAUCACCCUCGACCCCAACGAGGGCGGCGCCACGUUGAUGAAGGGCGGCAAGCAGGCCAUCACCCUCCCGGCCGGCUACUUGGGGUCCUCGCUCAUCGGCGGUCUGCUCAUAUUCUGCGGCUUCAACAUCAUCGCUUCCAAGAUCGCCUCCAUGGUGUUAGGCGUUUGCUUCCUGUUGACCCUCUGGUGGGGUAAGAAGGAUUGGCUCACAAUUCUUACCGUGCUUCUCGCUGUCGGUCUGCUGGUUGCCGCCUGGUUCAUCUCACACGCUCAAGCGUUGAGGUUCGUUGUUCUCUUCAUCGGCGUCAUGAGCUCCCUGUACUCCGUCUGGGAUAUCUGCGACGACCUCAUCCUGCGUAAAGUCAACAGCUCCGAUGCCAGUGUCUUUGCCCAGCGCUACGGCGGUUCCUCCCGCUGCUGGGGUCUGAUCUGGUCCGUCAUCAGCAUCUGCCUCAUGGCAGUCGCCAUCGUCGCGGGUCUCGCCGCUUUCCCGCAGUCCUUUGCCGAGCAGGAGAACGACUCCAAAAACUUCCUACCCACCAGAUGA